AUGUCGCUGAUGGAUAAUCUGCUAGGAAUCCUCCGCGUUCGCGUCAAACGUGGCGUCAACCUCGCCGUACGUGACGUUUCCAGCAGCGAUCCUUACGUCGUCCUCAAGCUUGGCCGUCAGAAACUCAAAACCAAAGUGGUCAAGAAAAACGUAAACCCACAAUGGGAAGAAGACUUGACCUUCACGGUUACCGACCCGAAUCUCCCUCUUAAUCUGGUUGUGUACGACCAUGACUUCUUUAGCAAGGAUGAUAAAAUGGGAGACGCAGAGAUCGAUUUGAAACCCUACAUUGAAGCUCUACGAAUGGAGCUAUCCGGUUUACCAGACGGAACCAUCAUAUCGACGUUUCAUCCUAACCGAAGCAACUGUUUAGCUGAGGAAAGUUACAUACGGUGGAGCAAUGAAAGAAUCGUCCAGAGCUUUUGUCUCCGUCUACGUAACGUUGAGCGUGGUGAAAUUGAACUUGAGCUUCAGUGGAUUGAUCUCCCUGGUUCUAAAGGCUUAUGA